AUGGCUACCUUCAUCCUGCCGCGUCUCGAUUUCUUAUUACGGGGGGCCAGAGUUCAGAAGAGUCCCCUCACGGCCGCUGACAGGGUGUUACGCCGUUAUGCCAAGUCCUGGCUGAACCUCCCUCAGCGCGCGAGUGCGGAGGGGGUCUACAUGCCUCCCCGCUGGGGUGGAUGUGGCCUCCUUCCGCUCUCCGAUCUCGCCGACGUGCUGUCCGUCGCUCACGUCUUCCGUAUGCUUACGGCUGGCGACGCGGCGGUCAGGACGCUGGCGUGGCAGUCGCUGAGGGGAGUGGUCCAGCGUAGGAUAGGCUACGCCCCUGCUGGCGACGAGAUCGCCAACUUCCUCUCCGGCUCGCUGGAGGGACGGCUGAGGGGUGGAGGGGAGGCUUCCCUCUGGUCCAGGGCGAGAAACGCCGCGCAGCGUCAGUCCGAGAGGUUGUCCCUGCGGUGGCGGUGGGUUCCUGAGACGGAGGAGAUGAUCUUGGAGUGCCGGGGUCCCAGAGGCGCCACGGUGAAGAUUCCGCCUGGUGCGCGCGCCCAGGUAGUGGGUCGGUUGCGCUCAGCUGUAGCGGAAUAUUACGCGAGUACCUUGCUCGCGAAGCGAGAUCAGGGUAAGGUCUUCGAGGUGUCGUCGCGGUGCCGAGUGAGCAAUCACUUUAUCCGUGGCGGCAGCUUUACCCGCUUCGCCGAUUGGCGUUUUAUCCACAAGGCGCGGCUGGACGUGCUCCCUCUCAACGGCGCGCGCCGUUGGGGGGAUGGAGACAAGCGCUGUCGUCGUUGCGGGGAAGUAUCGGAGACAUUACCCCACGUGCUCUGCCACUGCGGCGUCCACUCUGCCGCAAUACAGCUGAGGCACAAUGCCGUCUUGCACCGCCUCUGGAAGGCUUGUCGUAUGCCGGGGGAAAAGCGGGUAAACCAGCGGAUCGAGGGGAUCGACGGGGAACUUGGCGAGCUACGACCUGAUCUCGUGAUCAGGCACGAGCCCUCCAAGAGUGUCGUCAUAUGCGACGUGACGGUGCCCUUUGAGAACCGUUGGGAGGCUUUCGAGGACGCUAGGGCGAGGAAAAUAGCCAAGUACUCGCCACUAGCUGAGGAGCUCCAGCGCAGGGGGUACCGUGUGGUCGUGACGGCCUUCGUCGUCGGUGCCCUCGGGUCAUGGGAUCCGAGAAACGAAGCGGUGCUGAGACUGCUGCGGAUUGGCACCCCGUACGCGUCACUGAUGCGCCGUCUGAUGGUCUCGGAUACCAUCCGCUGGUCCAGGGACAUAUACGUGGAGCACGUGUCUGGCACUCGCCAGUACCGGGCUCCUCCUCGCCCCGCCGGCGGUGGAUUUGCGACGCCGCCUCGGGCCAUUCGCCGACGCUGGCUCGCCGACGAAGUAGAGCGGCACGACGCGAUUGCGUGUGUGAAUGUCGCGUAA